AUGUAUCAACAAUUUUACAUGGGCAAAGAGCCCACAAUCCAACGCGAGUCAGUCGACUUAUCUAGCAUGAAGACACUUAGGCAGCUUCAGAGUAGCCUUGGCCAACUGUUUGCAUGGGCAGAUUCGAGCUCAAUCCUUUUCCAUAGCGAGAGUCAAGGCAGCCUUGACUCCUUCGAGGCUGUCGAGUCAGCCAAGGAGGCUAUUGAACUACGAGCGGCAGGAAGAACGUCCGUGCAGCCUCCCCCAGGGCCCAGAGCUCUUCCAGUCGUUGGAAAUCACUAUGAACUCUAUCCAGACCCAUUGGGGAACUAUGAUCGACUUUUCGCUCGCCUUGGCUCCGUUAUUAAAACAACCAACAUGGGAACAACAAUUUACAUCACCAACGACGCAGAAAUUUCAAGGCAUGUGCUCAGGGAAGGCGAAUUUUUUACCAAGACGACUUCAGACCCUUCUCACCCGCUUUUUUAUAUGAGAGAACAGACUGCACUCUUUACAUGUGACAGCGACUCACCCGCCUUCCCACUCGCCCAUAAGUUUGUGCCGCCCGCGCUCUCACCCCGUGCAAUUGCGCACUAUGGCCCUCUCAUCCAAGACGCUGCGCGAGGUGUCUUCAACGUAUUCGAUGAGAUGUCGGACCGCGGACUUGCCUGCAAUAUCUACCAGUAUAUGUUCAAGCUGGCUGGUCAACUUGUCUUCCGUGUGAUGAUUGGCAAGGACUUGCAACACUUCCAGGAACUCAAUACCCCACCCACCUUGGCUAUCCGUCUUUUUGGCGAGUACCUCAAACUAAUGAAGAAGACGUCCCUGCGACCACAGUGGCAUGGAUACUUGCCGUUUGGAGAGCCUGCCCGCCUAAGAGUUGUUAGAAACCUUCUCUUUAGCACUAUCGAGACUGAGAUGGACAACGCGACUACGAAGGGUGCUGAACCACUCGCACUGAAUGAUCCAAUGUCACCCAUCAAAGCAGUGUGCGUGGCUGACUUCCUCGCCCGUGCUCGGGAUACAGACGGGCAGGGACUUCCUCGGGAUAUUCUUUUGGGAAACACUGUGGUCCUCCUGGGCGCUGGUUUCACCACCACGUCUUCCUUGCUCUCCUGGGCCAUCUACUCCCUGGUCAAAUAUCCGGGAAACCAGAAGCGUCUGCUCCAGGAGCUUGUUGACCACGGAGCAGAUGGCGAGCGGAAAUGGUCCCAUGAUGAGUUGCACGCAAUGGAAUUUAUUGACUGCUUUGUCAAGGAGACGAUGAGGCUUCACAGCCCCAGCUUCCAGACCGGUCGCAAUGCGAAGACGGACGUAGUUCUGCCCGGCGGCUAUCUCAUUCCAAAGGGAUCAAUUGUGAUUCCUUGCUUCCCAACCAUCCAUAAGAACCCAGCCUACUGGGACAAUCCAACGAGGUUCGAGCCGGACCGGUGGCUCGAUCCGACUGUCGCCACUACGGCUACACGCAAGGGAAUAUACUCGCCGUUUGCCGCGGGCGCAAGAGGAUGCGUUGGAUUUAACCUGGCUACCAUGCAGGUGAAGAUGGUCCUAGCGGAGCUUGUCUACCGGUACGAGUUUGAGGAUGCGUCUACGGAGCCAGUCAUAUACGAUCCUGAAUUUCUCGUAGUUAGGCCAUUGAAUUUCUAUGCUAGUCCAAUCAAGAGAACGGAAUGGCCGACUCGAACUAAGGCGACCGAUUAG